AUGGAGCGUUCGUUCCUUUCCACUCCGCAGGAGGUGCUCGCGCAUUUUGGAGUGAAGGAGGACCAGGGCUUGCCGGAGGCUCAGGUGGUCAAGCACAGGGAGAAAUAUGGUUCUAAUGCUCUCGAGGAGGAACCGCCAACCCCGUUGUGGCAACUUGUGUUGGAACAAUUCAAAGAUCAGCUCGUCAUUAUCUUGUUAGGAUCCGCCGUGAUAUCCUUUGUGUUGGCACUGUUUGAAGACAGUGAAGGAUGGACUGCAUUCGUGGACCCCAUAGUCAUCCUUACGAUUCUUAUCCUCAAUGCGAUCGUUGGCGUGUCUCAAGAAAGCAGUGCUGAAAAGGCCAUUGCUGCUCUUCAAGAAUAUUCAGCAAACGAAGCCAAGGUCAUCAGAGAUGGAGCACUUCACCGUAUCAAGGCUGAAGAGCUUGUGCCCGGUGAUAUUAUCUCGGUAGCCGUGGGCGACCGCAUCCCAGCCGAUUGCAGGCUACUCGCUAUCCAGAGCAACAGCUUCCGGGUUGACCAGGCCAUCUUAACUGGUGAAAGUCAAAGCGUUUCCAAGACCACAACUGCGAUCAAGGACCCCCAGGCUGUGAAACAAGAUCAGGUUAACCUGGUUUUCUCUGGCACUACUGUUGUUACUGGCCACGCUACAGCUAUUGUGGUGCUUACCGGUAGCAACACCGCAAUUGGUGAUAUCCAUGAAAGUAUCACUGCACAAAUCUCUGAACCUACUCCAUUGAAGCAAAAGCUGAACAACUUCGGUGACGCAUUGGCUAAGGUUAUCACGGUUAUUUGCAUCCUUGUCUGGCUCAUAAACAUCGAGCAUUUUGGUGAUCCAAGCCAUGGAGGCUGGACCAAGGGAGCCAUUUACUAUCUCAAAAUAGCUGUUUCCCUGGGCGUGGCGGCCAUUCCAGAAGGCCUCGCGGUCGUCAUCACUACCUGUCUUGCCCUGGGAACAAGAAAAAUGGCAGCAAAAAAUGCCGUCGUGCGAUCUCUGCCCUCCGUUGAGACCCUUGGAAGCUGCAGUGUUAUCUGUUCUGAUAAAACCGGAACCCUUACCACCAAUAAGAUGAGUGUCGCUCGUAUUGUUUAUUUGAAUGAAGGCGGAAACGGUCUUGAAGAGAUUGAGGUUGAAGGCACCACCUUUUCUCCCGAAGGCAACCUAAAACAGCAUGGAAACGUGCUCAAGGACUUGGCUGCUUCAUCUGCCACCAUCUACCAAAUGACCGAAGUCAUGGCUCUUUGCAACGAAGCCGAGCUAGCGUAUGAUGCUAAGACUGGCACUUUUAGCAAUAUCGGCGAGCCCACCGAAGGCGCUCUCAGGGUGUUGGCUGAGAAAAUUGGAACUGACAACGCCGCAGUCAACGCCAAAAUUAGGACUCUACCUCCCGCCGAGCGUCUUCAUGCCGCUAGUAAGCACUAUGAAACUCGAUCACCAAUCCAAGCGACAUACGAAUUCUGUCGCGACCGUAAGAGUAUGUCCGUCUUGGCUGGAAAAGGAAGAAGCCAGAAACUGCUUGUCAAGGGCGCUCCAGAAACCAUUCUUGAACGGUGCUCUCACGCUAUUAUUGGAUCAAACGGAGAGAAAGUUGCUCUCACAAAGCAACAUGUUUCACUGAUCCAACAAGAAGUGGCGGGCUACGGUGAUCAAGGGCUUCGCAUAAUUGCCAUCGCAAACAUUGUUAAUGUUCCAGAAACCCCCUUGCUACACAACGCUCAGACGUCGGCUGAAUACGAGAACUUGGAACGGAACAUGACUUUGAUCGGUCUUGUCGCCAUGCUAGACCCUCCACGCCCAGAGGUCCGUCCGUCCAUCGAAAAGUGCCGUGAAGCAGGAAUCCGAGUCGUCGUUAUCACCGGUGACAACCAGCAUACUGCUGAGUCAAUUUGCCGACAAAUUGGAAUCUUUGGUAAAGAUGAAAACCUCCGCGGCAAGAGUUUCACUGGGAGAGAAUUUGACGAACUGAGCGAGCAAGGAAAGCUUGAAGCAGCCAAAAAUGGCCUGCUAUUCUCUCGUACCGAACCAACUCAUAAGUCAAAGCUCGUUGACCUUUUACAGUCAAUCGGACAUGUCGUGGCUAUGACUGGAGAUGGAGUCAAUGACGCUCCUGCACUGAAGAAGUCGGAUAUUGGCGUUGCCAUGGGCUCUGGAACCGACGUUGCUAAACUUGCGGCUGAUAUGGUCCUCGCAGAUGAUAACUUCGCCACUAUUGAAGUUGCCAUUGAGGAAGGAAGGUCUAUUUACAGCAACACCCAACAGUUUAUUCGCUAUCUGAUCUCGUCAAAUAUCGGAGAGGUUGUGUCCAUUUUCCUAACUGCUGCCCUCGGCAUGCCUGAAGCUUUGGUACCUGUCCAGCUCCUGUGGGUCAACUUGGUUACCGAUGGUCUUCCUGCAACAGCCUUGUCGUUUAACCCAGCAGAUCAUGACGUCAUGAGACGCCCACCUCGCAAACGAGAUGAACCCCUUGUUGGAGGUUGGCUGUUCUUCCGCUACAUGGUUAUUGGUAUUUAUGUUGGUGCCGCAACAGUAUUUGGUUACGCGUGGUACUUCAUGUUCAACCCAGAGGGCCCUCAAAUCUCCUUCUGGCAAUUGUCCCACUUCCACAAAUGCUCCAGCGAGUUCUCUGAGAUUGGCUGUGAAAUGUUCAGCAAUGAUAUAUCAAAGUCUGCUUCCACAAUUUCUCUCUCCAUCCUUGUUGUGAUUGAGAUGUUAAACGCCAUGAAUGCCCUAUCUUCCAGCGAAUCUCUGGUUACUUUCCCUCUAUGGAACAACAUGAUGCUCGUCUACGCCAUCAUGCUCUCCAUGUCUCUCCAUUUCGCCAUCUUAUAUAUCCCUUUCCUGCAAAGCCUGUUCAACAUUUUGCCGCUCAACUGGCUUGAGUGGAAGGCUGUUUUGGCUAUCAGUGCGCCAGUCGUGGUUAUCGACGAACUCUUGAAAUACGCGGAGAGGGUCCUUUAUGUGACACAUGUCACACUCGACCGAAAGGAAGAAGUUCAGAAUGGAUCCAACGCGAAGCCAAAGACAUCGUGA